AUAAAGUAAUACUACGCAUUUAUUAAAAGAGUUGUAAAAUGCAUACGAGUACACCCGAAUUUAUAAUAGAAUCUACUCUGUUAUAGGCCACUACUUUCGCACGAGUGGUGAAAUAAUAUCCCUUACCCUUAGUAACAAAAAUGAAAAUUUCAACAAUUUCAUCCAAAAAAAAAAAUAAACGGCAUUUUGGCAUCUUUGAUCCUUCGAUUCUCAGCAUAUUAUUUUCACUCUCCAAUUUUUCCUCUCCCUUUAAAUACACCCUUUCUCUCUCUCUCCUCCCUCAACACACUCUUCCUUCCUACCAUAACCACCACAUUGUCCAUCUAAUUUAUUAUUUUUUCACAACAACAAAUUAAAACAAAAAUGAACGGCCUUGAUUCACCCUUAGAGUCAUUAGCCUUCAUCCCAGUUAAUCUAGGCCCUCUAUUAUCCGCCGUAGUUAACAAUAUCUGGGCAUGGCUCGCCGUCGUCACCGCCGCCGUCAGCUUCUGGCGUAUCCACAACUCAUCCAUUAAAACGACGUCGUCGUCGUCCCACAUUUUCCUCUCUCCUCCACCAACACCAGAACCAGCUCCUACUGUUCCCAAAACGACGCCGUUUGUAAGAAAAGGCGGUGUCGAGGAAGAGGAGAAAGAAACUGAAGAAGAAGAAGAGGAGGUGUUGACGAGGGGAAACAGUAAGAAGUUUUUUACUGUUUUUUGCGAGGAGAGAGAAAAUGAUGAAAAUGAAGACGGUGAAGUGGACGGUGGAGAUUAUAACGACGACGAUGAAGUCGAUGAGGAGAAAAAUGAAUGGGUGAUGAUUAAGAGAUGGGGUUCGUCAUCCGAAUUGACGGUCGAGAUGAGAGGUGGUGAUUUAGGGUGGUAUAGUUACCAAAAUAGGAAAGUGAUUGAUGGUAGUGUGGUACGAUUAUGGGGUGAGGAGGGGGAAAUUGGUUGUGGUUCUCCUAGGAGUUGUCGAAAACGGGUCUAUUCAUCGCGUAAAUUAUCCACCUCUAAUAGUUUUUAAUAAGCUGUCGGGAUUUUAUUAGCCCGAGACUGUUAAAUAUUCUUUGAUCGUGUGGUUCAAGUUUCGGCAUUGGUGCUAACGUGAAGUUGAAGGGCUAUAAUCUUGGUAGGUUAAUCAUUGAUUGAUUAACCAAAUAAUUCUUCCUACUAAAGUAAUGCUAUUAGUACUUUUUAUAAUUACUCUAGCAUUUGUAAUUGUACAUAUAUAUUAAUCAAUGAUUAAUUUACUCAUUUUGUUAUGGUUUAAUUUCACUUGAAUGUUGUCUUGUUGAUUUGUAAGAAUUCCUAAUGACAAUGGAAUCGUAUUACUCCUAAUUUCGUUCUACUUUUCUUUGUUCUUUCAGUGGCGUACUCUUCCUUCAAUUGCUUCUAACUAUUUUGCGUUAUUUACCUCCUCUCUGUUUUGUUUUUUUUUUUUUACAUUUCCACUAAACUUUAUUUGGGUUAUAAACUUCAUUUCUUUUCUAAUUGCACCUCUUUAACUACUAAAUCUCUAAAAAGAAUUAACCUAAUGUUCUUUUGCAUGUACUUGUACUCCAUAGUUAAAAUUAAUUACU